CCGCCGUUCGUGAGAUCUUUAUAGAUUCUCAACUCAAGAAAGCUUCUUAGCCCACUGCCUGCCAACGUCGGCACUCAUUCUAUAAUAAAUAGAUAAAAUGGUGCAAAAGAAAGCAAAGAAGAAGGUAGGCAAGAAGGUAGCUGCUGCUCCUUUGGCAGUCAAAAAAGUUGAGCCAAAGAAGCUCACUAACCCCCUGUUUGAAAAGAGGACUAGAAACUUCGGUAUCGGGCAGGAUAUCCAGCCGGAGCGUGAUCUGUCGCGUUUUGUUAAAUUCCCUAAAUACAUUAGGAUACAGAGACAAAAAUCAGUUCUCUACAAAAGAUUGAAGGUGCCACCACCAAUCAAUCAGUUCAACCAAACGUUGGACAAACAAAAUGCCACCCAGCUCUUCAAGUUGCUGGAAAAGUAUAGACCAGAAACAGCUUUGGCUAAGAAAUUGCGCUUGAAGGCACGUGCUGAAAAGAAGGUGGAAAAGAAGGAAGAUACUCCUUCCAAGAAACCCAACGUCAUCCGAAGUGGUGCCAAUGCAGUCACUACCCUAGUUGAGCAGAAGAAAGCUCAAUUGGUUGUCAUCGCCCAUGAUGUCGACCCAAUUGAGAUUGUUAUCUUCUUGCCAGCUUUGUGCCGCAAAAUGGGUGUCCCAUACUGCAUUAUCAAGGGCAAAGCUCGCUUGGGCCGUCUUGUCAGGAGGAAGACAUGCACAGCCGUUGCUUUGACUCAGGUUGAUGCUGGUGAUAGAGCCAACUUCACCAAGAUUGUUGAGGCUAUCAAGACGAACUUCAAUGAUCGCUUCGAUGAAAUCCGUCGUCACUGGGGUGGAGGAAUGCUCGGCAGCAAGUCUGCCGCCAGAAUUGCUAAACUCGAAAAAGCCAAGCAAAAAGAGCUUGCACAGAAGCAAGGUUAAUUUUUAUAAACAAAAAAUAAAAGAUUUAUCGUAAAAA